AUGGGGCUAGCCCGUAAGUCUUGGGCAGACAACUCAGAAAAGGGAAUUACAGCAGCCUUGCCCGACUACCGCCCCAAAAGUGCCAUUGGAGCCCCCUCGACUUGUGUAACAACUGACAGCUUCUCGCCCGGCCUUGAUUCAGCACAUCGCCCCAUCCGCGCCUCGCACCUGCACCCCCUGCAGCAGGGCACCCCAGGGCGUGUCGGGGAAUCCCAGCGGGCUCGGCGCUUCCCCUUCCCACUGCUGAAAGAAGGAAAAACGUCAGUGCUAUCUCCUGAAACCAAAUUUGAGACUUCUAAAGUCACCAGAAGUUCCCUUGACAGUUGUUUUCCUUUUGAGAGUAGUUGGAGAAAAGCAGUCUUAGAAACACAAAAAAUAAGGAAAGAAUACACCACAGCCUUUGGUCUAGAAGAACCUAAAGAAUAUGUCAAAAUGCCAUGUCUACCAGGAUUGCAAAGUUGCCCAAGAAGUGUAAGUUCAACUUCAAGUGUAAGUUCAACUUCACUGGAGGUUCCUAAGAGACUGCUGCGUCCUGAGGCCAAGGUGCCCGCAGUCAGGAUAAGGAAGACAAAGGACACAUGCACUAUGGUACCACUUCAGGAGAAAUCACAAGGUUCAGGCUUCAGCGAUCCUCUCAUGGGAGCAUCAUCUGAGUACUUACAAAGACUUUCCAAAAUGGCCAUAUUGGAGUAUAAUACCAUCCAGCAGGAAACAAGGAAAUCAAAAAAAGGCAAAAAAACAAAAUCUACGAGACUGCUGACAAAUAUUAUAUAG